ACGUUCCGUGAUGACGUCAUGCACAUCCCGGCCUGGAUCGACAUCAUCCAUGCAGUGCCCCGCGAUCAACCACCAUAUCUGACCGGUUGCUCCUCGUAAAGGAACUCCUCCGUUUUUGAUACUACCUCCACCACCAUCAUGCCGGGAAAACUAGGACAAAAGAUCUUAAAGACCUUCGGGAUUGACCACCCACACCACCCCCCGGCGACCCAGCCACCGCCGCAGCAACCGCCAACAGACCAUGGAGCCCGCCUACCCGGGAAUCGCGUCAUCGAAAACGAUGAGCGCCUGCUGGCCGCCAUCCCCAACGGCACAUACGCACGACUGGCCCGCAUGAGCGACGGCAGCCUCCUCGGGUCCUUCACCCGCUUCGAGGGCAACCAACGCCUGCUCCGGGUGACGCGUAGCACCGACGGCGGCCGCACCUUCGAGCCCUGGGGCGAGGUCACCCGGGCCGCGGGCGACUGCGACAACCUGUUCCUGCUGGAGAUCGCGCCCGGCACGGUGCUGGCGGCCUUCCGCAACCACGACAUGAAGCCCGGCGGCGGCUUCACCCAAUUCCGCAUCACCGUCUGCCGCUCGACGGACGGCGGGCGGAACUGGUCCUACCUGUCGCAGGCGGCCGAGAAGAAGCCGCCCAUGGGCAUCUGGGAGCCCUUCAUGCGCAUGGGCCACCAGGGCGAGGUGCAACUCUACUACUCGGAGGAGUUCGCGCCCGAAAACCAGUGCACCAUGCUGGUGCGGUCGUUCGACGGCGGCGCUACGUGGACCCCGCCGCAGUGUCUGGGCGGCGAGCGCGACAACUACCGCGAUGGCAUGACGAGCGUCGCGGUGGCGCACGAUCGGGGCCGCGAAGUGCUCGUUCUCGUCUUCGAGACUACGACCCACCGCGCCUUCAGCAUCGAGGGUAUGCUCUCCUACGACGACGGCCAGACCUGGGGCUGGCGCCACGAGGUCUACCGCUCGCACAAGUCUGGCCGCCACGCCGGCUCCCCGGGCAUCGCUACCUUCGCUGACGGCUCCCUGGCCGUUGUCUUCAUGACGGAUGAGGAUUGGCCCAACCCGCACUGGCACCACAACGCCUCCAUCAAGGUGCUGUUUGGCGGGCCCCCGCAGGAUGGUCGCAUCUUCUGGACACGGCCCACCGUCCUCUGCCCCGAGGCUAGCCACUGGCCGGGCAUCCAGGCUGUCGACGGCCAUACCCUUCUGGGGACAUACGAGUGUGGAGGCGCCCCCAAGGCGAAGGCGAUCACCCUGAACAUGCAACAGGAACAGUCAGGUUGAGGGUGAGGAUAUCUGAAGAGGGAUUCAUAAGACGGGACAUGGCGUUCUAUCAUGAUCGUACAAACGACAUCUCAACCGCAUCAAUUACAUUUUCUUAAUCAUUAUCUACGCGUGUAGUAGCCUUGUUCGCGUCGAACUGACCUCCACUGGUUCCCGUGUUAUAAUCCAUCUCACUGCGGACUAAAUUUCUUGUAGCGGGUAGUAUGGAAUGGCGUCAGAGGAUGAGGCUG